AUGAGGAAUGAGGGAGGGCGUGGACGGGGAAGUGGAGAGUCGCGUGCAGUCAAUGGUGGGCGGAGGAAGAGACUUUACGGGUCGGAUGUCAGGACAAGGCCAGUCGUCGAGAAGGUGCCGCUAGUGGGGACAGCGGAUUGCAACGCUGUUGGUGGACCUGAGCUGUACCUGACGGAGGAGCAGGCCUCUCUGCCGAUGAUGGCACUAGCAGCCCUGUCCUUGUUGAACGCUCCCAAAGCGGCCGAUCGCGUGCAGGCGAGCCUCGCCGUGGUGAUGGCGGAUGAUGAUGCUGCUGCUGGCGAUGGCGAGCCGCCUCCGCUGCGGGCGUGGGAAACCAAAUGCGAUUGA